AUGGUGUUGUUCUACACGUCCUGUCCAACCUCUUCACUGGUGAGCCAGCAGCCGCAUUCGGAGUGCCCGUCGUCGACGAAUUCAUCCGAAACGACGAUGACACACCAGCAGCCGCUCUUCUUCGAGCACCGCCAAUCGGCACCCAUCCCUGUGAGGUUAGUAGAGCGGAAUGUCUUGUGCUUUGUUGCGCAAGAAGUAGUAGUAAUAUAUAAUGGGGCGACGACGCAAUGUCUGUAAGACUAUAUUUGCACAGUUCUUAUCGAACGUCGUUUGGGGAGUAAUGUGAUAGACAUGUCUUAAAACAUUGGUAUUUACAGCACCACUGGAGGACAAUGGGACAGCGAGAACCUCUCGUGUUCCCCGCCCGAGCGAUUCCCAUCUCCGCUCGCCACGUCAGCGGAGUCUGUCAACUCGAUCAAGUCGAGGUAAGCACAGGACUUCUGCCAGGACUUCUAGGAUUCCAAGAGGAUCGUUUCAGUUGCUCGUCGCGCUCAUCGGCCGAACGUGAGACGGAACGCUUCCAGCGGCGUCAAUUGCUCAACACGAGCCUGAGCAAACUUCGCGAGGAGUCGAACAUGCCGCUCCGGAAGCAUCUGCUGAUCUUCAACACCGUCAAGACCAUCCAAGUAACUAUAGCAGUCUAAACCAAAUCUACAAUAUCACUAUUUGUUCAGCACGAUCUGGAUAUGCUCGACGACGAAGACCUGUACUGCUCUCUGGUGGGUAUGGCGAACGACACGACCGCGACGCUGAUGGAAGUGGACGGAAGUGAGGAGUACAACUGGGAGAAAGAGUCGAAGGUUGAUGUGGCCAACUCCGCCGUCAUCUGCGGAGCACCUCAGAAACAAGAGGAGCGCGGCGCAUUGUCCGACAUUGGAGGAAUGAUGUUUGGAGGUAACACAUUUGUCUUUUUUCUUCUGUCGUACGGAAUCGAAUCGAAUCGCCUUCGGUGAUUUAUGGAGCUUGUCGUGUGAGGCGGCGUCGUUUUUGUUGUCUGGGUGUGUGUAUCGGCGCGCGCGGUAAUUAUGUAUACGUCCUUCCUUAUGGUCACAAAGAAGGAUUGGGAAGGAGAGAACUGAACUGGUUUUCCUGGUUAGAGUGCCUAAAAGCAUGAAUAAUCGCGAUUCGGAUUGAGAGGGGGCGACGAGAAUAGGGCCUUGAAGGAAAGUACGGUAGCUUCAAUUUCGGGGCUACCCAAAAUCAGCAAGACUUUCCAUAAUCAGUACUAUCAGUAGAUCUAAUUGGUUCUAUAUCGGGGUAGCCCCUCAAUUUCUCACCCCCUACCGUACCCUUUGACCAGAAAGCAUGUGGGUGUCAGAGUGUUUUUGCUGAAAACGGCCACACACACGCACACCCACGUCAUGGCCCAUUUGAGCCGCCCAUAGAGACUAACGAACACUCCCCCGCCCGCGGGCAAAGCUUUUCAAGGAAGGCUUGCCCAUAAACAAGAUAUGUAUAGGAAAGGGGGUGUGCAACGACAAUGACGUCAGUUUUUUUUUCGACAAAACGGAUUAGAAAGUAGAAAGAUUCCCGCGGAUUAGUAUUAGUAGAAAACUCAUGAUUUUAGUACGAAAUGAAAUCAUCUCAUCUAAUCCAAAUCUAUUUCCAGACGAUCUCGAGAUGGAGGAUUCGGUGGAGACGAAAACGUGGUCGUGGUCGUCGGGCUCGUCGAUCUUCGAUUCUAUUCCGGUAAGUUCUCGGCUCUGCUCCGCAAGAGAGACCCCCCAAGAGACUAAACUUCAAAGUUUCUCUGGCGUCUCUCUCUCUCUCUCUCUCUCUCUCUUUUUCUCUCUCUUCUCACUAGUCACGCGACUUGUUUAUCGGGCCGUUUCUGUGCGCGCUCCUCGCUUCCGACGCUCUCUCGCCGACGUCAUAAUCGUCUUUCUCUGGCGGUCUGUGGUGGCCUUCGCCCUCCGUCUCUUCUCUUUUCCAUCGGCGGCGGAGGUCGAAAAUGUCACAUCACGUGUGAGAAUUGAAAAAAAGGGGGGGGUAUCUAUGAAGGACGUUUUGAGGCAGGGAUCAUGAACCAAAUACCGUAUCAUUCUAGGAAUCAAAGAGCGGCUCAAUGGACGCGCUGUUCAAAUGGUGCUCGUCGGACUCUAACGCCUUCUCGGCGCCGGUGAUCUCGAACAACUCGUUCGGUGGCUGGGGCGCCAACUCUUCGCCGCUCUCCGACACCGGCCUCUUCGGCUGCGCGGACGAUGCGAACUCGUCGUGGUCGCACGGAGCCACCGGAUUCGACAUGUGGGGAAACAACGACCCGCUCGGAUCGGCUCGCUUCGACAUGCAUAAUCUGCUGCUGCUCCAGGCCUAG